AUGCACACUACUUCACUAAUCAUGACCUCAAGCCUGAUCACCAUACUACUCCUCCUAGCCUACCCUGUUCUUACAACCCUCAGCCCCAACCCCCAAGGCCCCGAUUGGUCCCUCUCCCAAGUCAAAACAGCAGUUAAACUCGCUUUCUUCGUAAGCCUUCUUCCCCUCUUCUUAUUUCUCAACGAAGGUGCAGAAACAAUCGUUACUAAUUGAACCUGAAUAAACACCCUAACCUUUGAUAUCAACAUUAGCUUUAAAUUUGACCACUACUCAAUUAUUUUUACUCCUAUUGCCCUCUAUGUUACUUGAUCAAUUUUAGAGUUUGCAUCCUGAUACAUACACGCAGACCCCAACAUAAACCGAUUUUUUAAAUACCUCCUUAUCUUCUUAAUUGCCAUAGUCAUCCUCGUCACGGCCAAUAACAUAUUCCAACUCUUUAUUGGUUGAGAGGGGGUCGGUAUUAUAUCCUUCCUCUUAAUCGGCUGAUGAUAUGGCCGAGCAGACGCAAACACUGCAGCCCUCCAAGCUGUUCUUUACAAUCGAGUCGGAGAUAUCGGCCUGAUUUUUGCGAUAGCCUGAAUAGCAACCAAUCUCAACUCAUGAGAAAUACAACAAAUAUUUACAACAGCUAAAAACCAGGACCUCACCUUCCCCCUCCUCGGCCUCAUCCUCGCCGCAACUGGCAAGUCAGCACAAUUCGGACUCCACCCCUGACUCCCCUCUGCUAUAGAAGGCCCCACGCCGGUCUCCGCCCUACUACACUCCAGCACUAUGGUUGUCGCCGGUAUUUUUCUUCUCAUCCGCAUGAGCCCCCUUCUAGAAAAUAACCAAACAGCCCUCACCCUCUGUCUAUGCUUAGGAGCCCUCACCACCCUAUUCACCGCCACUUGCGCCCUCACCCAGAACGAUAUUAAAAAAAUCGUUGCUUUCUCCACAUCCAGCCAACUUGGCCUAAUGAUAGUAACCAUCGGGCUCAAUCAACCUCAACUCGCCUUCCUUCACAUUUGCACCCACGCAUUUUUUAAAGCAAUACUUUUCCUCUGCUCAGGCUCAAUUAUCCACAGCCUGAAUGACGAGCAAGACAUUCGAAAAAUAGGAGGCAUACACCACUUAACACCUUUUACCUCCUCCUGCCUUACAAUUGGAAGCCUGGCCCUCACUGGUACCCCAUUCUUAGCCGGCUUCUUCUCAAAAGACGCUAUCAUUGAAGCACUCAACACAUCCCAUCUCAACGCCUGAGCCCUCGCCCUCACUCUCCUAGCCACCUCCUUCACAGCUAUUUACAGCCUCCGAGUCGUUUUCUUUGUUUCCAUGGGCCACCCCCGAUUUAACACACUCUCACCUAUUAAUGAAAACAAUCCGGCAGUCCUAAACCCCAUUAAACGUCUAGCCUGAGGAAGCAUUAUUGCAGGCCUCUUAAUUACCUCUAACAUGACCCCUUUAAAAACACCAAUCAUAACUAUACCUCCCCUUCUAAAACUAGCCGCACUCACCGUUACUAUCCUUGGCCUCCUUCUAGCACUAGAACUCGCUUCUCUAACAAACAAACAAUUCAAACCAAGCCCUAAACUGACACCCCACCAUUUCUCCAACAUACUCGGCUUCUUCCCAGCUAUCAUCCACCGCACACUCCCUAAGCUUAACUUAACCCUUGGACAAACAAUUGCUACCCAAAUCAUUGACUUGACCUGAUUAGAAAAAACAGGUCCUAAGGCUAUAACCUCACUUAAUAUACCCCUAAUUAAAUCUACAAGCAAUGCCCAACAAGGCAUGAUCAAGACAUACCUCUCCUUCUUCCUAUUAACAUUAGCCCUGACAACCCUAGUGUUCGUCCUUUAA